AUGGGUGGCCGAUUCGUGGCCGCGGCGUUCGUCUUGGCGCAGCUGGUGUCUGGGGACUUUGUCUACGACGACAAGUUGGGAAGCGGAAAGUCGCCCGUGCUGCCGCUCGGGAGCCCGGAACGCAUGGUGAGGUCCAUAUUCGAGAUCACUCGGACCACCACCGGUACUCUGGGAGCCGUGGGAGGUCAGCACUCUCAGCUGAUCUUGGACUUCGGUGAUCAGGAGCCCAUGUUGGCCGUGGACUUGCACACCGUACGAGACCCUAAGAAACCUGGCUCCCGUCUGAAUCUGGGGGCCAUCUUCGUGCUUCGCAUCCCGUACGAGGACGUAAAGACCUCCAAGAAGAUGAAUUCGGGCCAAACUAUGACCAAGGAGGAGCUCAAAGAAGCCAAGGCCAAGAAUCCCUCCUUCGCGCCCAAGUCCAUUUGGCGUGAGAGUCACCUGUCCUCUGAAGUCUCCGAGCAGCAGGUCUUCUCCUUCCUGAGGGCCUGGCACAAACUCUUCGCACACCGCUACGGCCAGCUCCAGUUCAAUUGCCAGGUGAUGAUCGGGGUUGCUUGGAACUACAUGACAGGCGAAAGUGAAGACAUCCGAUGCCCUAACUGCCAUCUUUUCAAGCUGCCAAGUCACAAAGACCUCCAGGACCUUGGCGUGAUGGUGUGGGAGCGCCAGCAUGCCCUCUCUUGGGGCAACAUGGAGGGUGUGUACGGAGGCCUAGGAGGGGUGGUGGACACUCUGGACCUCCUCAACGGCACGUGUGGCUUCCGAGAUCGCGCGCUGGCUCCCGGCAUCUACGCCUUUCCGUCCCCUCGCAGUCUGCCCUUUACCAAAAACCAGCUGGGCGGCACGGGCACAGCGGUUUUCCGCGCAUACACACUUGGGCUGCACCACAUUGGCUCCAUUUUCGACUUGUCGGACCAUCCACUGGUCUUCCGUGGGGAUCUCAGCUACAAGAAACGAGCCUUCACGGCUGCAGAGCACUCGCUGCUGUACAAGGAUGACAACAACACAUUGGAAGCUGCCGAAGCCACUGGCAUCAAGGUGGGCCCCUUCACCCUUGCGCUGGAUUUGGGUGGCAGCUUGAUGAGGCUUCUGCUGAACUUACCCGGGCACACGACGCACACAGCCACUGUGAACACGGGUGUGGACCUCCUCAAAGAGAUGGACCUGGGCCGACGGGCCGUGAUGCAAGCCGAUGGGCAGGUGAAGUACCGUGGCCGCCAGAGGUUCACUUACGCUGUGACGGACACGCGCUUGGAGAUCGCCACUGGGGGCAUGCUCGACACUUUGAAGAUCCCCUUGGGACUCACCGGGCUGCUGUCGAAGAACAUGAAGUUCGAUCUCCUCAGCAAGCACAACAUGCACGCUGGAUCACGCAAGGAUCUGCGUUACGCGGGCGAGCUGGUGAUCGUGAACAAGAAUCCGGAGCAUGCACAUGACGUGGAGCUUUGGAGCGAGGAUGACGAGUACGAGAUGGUCUUCGACAACGGCUCGGGAUCCUACAAGCCCUACUGGCCAGCACCCCAGCUUGAAGAGCUGCUGCAUUGCAACUUGCCGGACAUCCCAGGAAAGUUCUCGAUCCGUGUGAUGCGUGGCUCCUUCGGUGCCGAUCAGGCGACGCUCGAUGCUUACUGUGACAUUUGGCACGGCGUGGACGACAUUCCCGAGACAGAGGAGUGCAAGAAGUCUCUUGGCUUUGUCGCCGUGCAGCCGGAGGUGCACAAGUGCUGCGGCUCCCCUGCGAAGAGCGACGACAACGGAACCUGCGUUUGGAAGUGGCCUGAGGCCGUGGAGUCCGAUUGCAUCGAGCUGCCAGGUCAUUGCUGCCAGGAGAGCGUUGUGAGCCAACCAGGCUCUUGCUCGGCCGAGGCGACAUGCCAGGCUCAAGUCAUGAAGGAUCCAGGAAACACGGAGGUCUUUUUGGACAAGGUGAAUGCUGGUGUGAAGAAGUGGUGGAAUGGGCGGCGCGAUGAAUGCUGGGCGCGGCAGUGGCGCACGCGCAUGUUCGAGUGCCUUGCAACUCAUGACGUGGGCAAGCCCAGCACGCGCACCGAGACCUGGUUGCAGGGUUUGCUAGGAUACUUUGCAAGCGACUCUUCGAACCAGGAUAGGUGGCAGGCUUACCUGGACAAUUUGCAAAAAUUGGGCAUCAAGCACCUGCAACUGGAUCACCUGCAGCGUGGCCCCACCAACUUGGCCAAUGAUGAAGUGGUGGUGCAGUGCAUACUGCCUUUCGUCAACAACGGCUUCCCCUACGUUCCCUUGAGUCUCAAGCUUUGGAGCUUCCUGAAAGUUGGAGUCUACGACCCUUCGGAAGGUAAGAUCUUCGGUGCAAACCUUCACAAGUUGACGAGCCAAUACAGGCAGUACAUCUUCGAUGAGCUCGACUACAAGGGGGAGAACUACAAGACCGGCUACGACGGCGAGGAGGGCUGCCCGACGGCGAUGACCAUUCCCCGCGCUGUGGACGAGUGGGGCAAUGCCAUCGCCAUGCCCGGCCAUACCCAGGAACAACCGGAGAGCUUCGAGCUGAACUUGACAGCAGGGGAGCUCGCGGCCGUGGAUCUCACAGACCGCCUCGGCACCUUAGAGGUGCAAUGUGGAGCUGUGGUCGCAGGUGCCAUCUCGCCGUUUGCCAGCUCCCUUUCCGGAGCUAUGGUCACUGCGGUGGGUGGAGAGAGUACCAGCCAGAUGUCUCCCACGGAGACGAAGGGCCUCGUCGAGAAACUCGUCCAGACUGGGUGGGUCCAGCUUCGAUUCCGGCGUGGUGUGGACCCAAGCUUCUGCACCGGGAACAUCUGCAACGACCGCACCAUCAUCGAAGGCUCCGAUACUUGGACCCGAUGCGGGGUCAGAAUGAGCACAUGCGGCAAUUACUGUUGUUGCCUGGCCGGCUCGGAGUACACUUCCUCCUUUCUAGGUUACCGAUGCGCCAGCUGCGGAGCCUGA